AUGCAAAUUAUUACCUCACUCACCAAACGGCCCCCAUCUUAUUUGACUCUUGGCGGGGGGAGGAAUAUUUCACUCACUAACCAAGGGGGGCGGGGGCACGGGAAGCAACCGACCGGUAGACACGGCCCCCGCCCGGCACCUUGGUUCCGUGCCGUGAUCGGCUCCGACGGCCGACCUUCCCGACCAACACUGACCGUUUGUGGCAUCGCCACUACAUUCUUGCCUGGACUAUCCGGCAUCUUCAACCGAGCCUUUUGCGUUCCAAUGCAGGCUACGUGGCGUCGACCCCGGAUUUGGUGGCCGGGCAGAUGGCCCAGGGUACUCCAGAAUGCCGUGGGCCGGCAAUCAAAGCCUCACCGUUGGCUAAGCCUAGCUGCCAUCUUGAUCUGUGUUUCUAUUUUAAGCACCCUCUCACCACCGAUGUUGCAUUCUCGAGUUCAUUGA